ACUGUAGUAUGGUCGAAAGACUUAAAUAAACAUUAAAUUAAAAGAAUUUACCUUUAAAUUAAGCUACAUAAACCAUUUUUACUAACAUAUAAAUUACGCUGAUAAUUGUCUCCUACUGAUUAAUGAUGCCGCAGCUUGAAGAAAAACCAAGAGUUUUCUUGGAAGAGUAUAGAUUAAAGAAUGCUGCAAACGAUUACGGGAUGGCCGAUGAAAAAUGGAAUUUUAAAAAAUUCGUGAAAAAUUUCCGUAUUGUUAUUGUUAGACUAGAUAACUUUGAGAUGGAAUUCGACUUGAUUGGUCUUCAGCCAGCAUUUGCUAAUGCUUUUCGAAGACUUAUGUUAAGUGAAGUUCCCAGUAUGGCCAUUGAAAAAGUUAUGGUUAGAAAUAAUACCUCAAUAAUACAAGACGAAGUCCUUGCUCACAGGCUGGGGCUAAUUCCGUUAAAAGCUGAUCCAAGACUAUUUGAAUAUCGUCCUGAAGAUGCUACCGAAGGCACAGAAUAUGAUACUUUAGAAUUUUCUCUCAAAGUAAAAUGUACUGCAGUUAAAUCACAGCCCAAGGAUUCAUACAGAACAGAAGAUUUGUAUGAGAAUCAUAGUGUUUAUUCAUCACAAAUAAAAUGGCAGCCAAUUGGGAAUCAAGCAUCUGUUCACAAGGAGGCAGAUGUAGGGCCGGUGCACGGUGAUAUUCUCAUAUCUAAAAUGAGGCCAGGUCAUGAAUUAGAUCUACAAUUCAUUGCGGUCAAGGGGAUUGGAAAGGAUCAUGCCAAAUUUUCUCCAGUUGCCACAGCUUCGUAUCGCUUAUUGCCAGAAAUAACAUUGACACGUGAAGUGGUAGGAGGCCAAGCAGCACUCUUACAAAGCUGCUUUUCUCCUGGUGUGAUUGGAAUUGAUUCAGAGGGCAAGGCUUAUGUUAAGGAUGCCCGUUACGACACUUGCAGCAGAAAUGUCUACAGAUAUGAUGACAUUAAAGAUGCCGCUAUACUGAGCAGAAUUCGUGAUCAUUUUAUAUUUAAUGUGGAGUCCGUUGGAGCCAUGGCUCCAAAUUUCAUAUUUGUUGAAGCUGUUAAAAUACUAAGAGAUAAGUGCAAGUCAUUACUAGAUGAAUUAAACAGUUUUUAAAUUAAAAA